AUGGGGCCGCCGACGAAGAAGCAUCGUACGACUUCUCGAAGCCCGCGCCGUUCGCCGCAGAAGGGAAACGCGGCGCAAGUGCAGGGAAGCCGGCGCUUUGACGCCGGCAAGACUAGAGGUCGGUCUCCGUCGUCGAGACUGACCGCCAGCCGGCGGCGUCAAGCCAGCGGUGGCGGCAGCGGCGGCUCGCCGGCUUCGCGAUCGCACCUCCUGGUCCUGGUCAACGGCCUGGCCCUUUCCACCUUCUGCGUGCUGGUCGCGUUCUUCGUGGUGUUCACGGUGCGCAGGGCCGGAACGCUGGCCGCGGUCGGGGACGCGAGGCGAAGCCACCCUGGCGGCGCGCUUGGGGUAGCCCGGAGCAAGCGCCCGCAGAACGGGGACUUCGCCGCGUCUUCAGGAGUGGGUGUCGCCAUACCCGAAAACACCAGGUUCGUGUGCGUGUACCACGAGCAGAACCGACGGCCGGGCUACAGUCCCGACACGUUUCCGUACACCUACUGUCACGUGGUGGCAUACUGCUGCCUGUCCGUGAACACGGCGCCCGAAGACACGCAGGCGCUGCAGAGCAUUGCCGGACUAGCCAGCGCCCACAAGCCGAUCGCGAUCAUCGUCAAAGUGGGCGCCGGCCAGACCGACACCGACCUGACAGCGCUGUUUGGCGCGUGGCGCGCGGGCCAGUUCACGGCGCGGCUGCUGGACGUGCGGCGACGCACGGCGUUCUGCUGCGUGUACCUACACUGGCGCAGGCCGUCGGCCAUCUACCGGGAGCGCGUCACGCGCCUCGCCGCAGACCUGCGCGCUGCCCUGCGGGACCACGGCGUCCGCCUAGGCUUCGUCGUGGACGCUGCCACGGCCGAGGCACUCGACGUGCGCACGCUCCUGGCCAUCUUAGGGCGUGACUCGCUGCUGGUUGCUCCCGCCCCGUACCCAUCGUCCUCGUCAGGCGCCCUGGGCCCGUCGUACCACGGCUACGAGGCUCUUCGGUGGCACAGCCGGGUCGCUGAGCUGGCCGGGAACGAGAGCGCCCGUGCCUGCCACACCGUCAGCUUGGCAGGAGUGGCGAUGACCGCAGCCAACGCUACGCUAGUGCCCUACGAUCGCAUCUGCACGGCACGCUUCCUCAGGACGCCCAGGACAAGCAAGGACGGCUGGUCAUCGGUGGGCCGCCUGUGGGGCUCCGGCGCCCUGGUUUCCUUCCUCUCCCCGGCCCGGGCGCGAUCCUUCGUUGCCGCCGUGCACGAGGAAGCGGGCUCGAGCUGCCUCGGCUUCUGGGACCCCGAGCACGACGACUUCGCCGCUCGCUGCGGGGGGCCCGAGUACCCGCUCAUAGGGGCCAUUGUGAAACGACUCGACGAUGAGCGGAGACGUGAUUAAAGAAGUUCU